AUGGCAUCUAUUGAAACAGUGGUUCAGAAUGCAGACAACGAGCUGGGCGAGGAUUCCAAGCCCGACAGCACCGCUGAAGUCAAAGAUGAACCCGGAUUAGCAUCGAAUACAAACUUCAAAGAAGGUAUGCUCUGGAACGUGGCGAGCGACGGCCCUCCGCCUGAAGGGUUCACAGUAUACUCUAUAGAAUCGGGUCUCACUGUAUUGAGACGGAAAAGACAGAGAAACCUAAACAAAUUGGGCAUUGGAGGUUUCGUGGUGCGACAGAGACAGGCGACCAUCAAAGCGCAAGCCGAUGAAGAUGACGGCACACAGGCGUCAGGAGAAUCGCCCAGCAACAAACGUAAACCUCGCCGCAAGCCACGCUCUAAGCUGAUGGAACAGUUCCCCUCUUACAUGCAAGAAGCAUUCUUCGGCAAGGAUCUACUCGAGCCCGUUAAGCCCGCCGUCAGCUCUACUGGCAAUCCAUCCGAGAGUCCGGGCGGGUCUGUGCGCGGCGGCACGCCGGAGGGCUACCGCGAGCUGCGCGACUUCAAGCUGGAUAUAGACAACUCUGAUAGCGAGGGCGAGGAUGUCCUCGCAGCACUCACUGCCUACACCGAUUACGAUACAUCCUUUGUUAUUGCACUUAAUACGGAGGAACUCGACUUAUUGAACUCUCUAAAACCCAAAGAGGAGAAAGAAGAUGUAUCAAGCAAUAUUAAUUCAGAUGGCACAGCGAAAAUAAAACUGGAACACCCAGAAGAUGGUCAAUUAAAGCAUACGGAGGAUUCUACAGCACUCAAGAAUGCAAUCUUAGGCCCUCAGCCCAGCGAGGCUGAGCAGCCACCUCCUCCUGCAACGGAGAAUAUACCUACAGUACAUAGUACUAAGACUGAAACUGUUAGUAGCGAGACUGGUGGGUCGUCGCAAGGGUCGACGAUAUCGGCGAAGGAGGAGCUGUCGCUGCUGGGCGUCAACCUGGACGCUACGCUGCCAGACAUGGACGGCAAUGAUGUCGACGAAAUAUUCAAAGGAGUGCUCACUGAUGACUCACAGGAGUCGCAGGAAUCAUCAGCAUCGUACGUGAACUCAAUGGCGAGCACGCCGUACUCGCAGCAGCGGCAACAGCUGCAGAGCCCCAUGGACUACGCCUCGCCAUAUCACAAUGACUUUGGUAGCAGUAGCAGCAGCGCGCUGAGCCCGCUGUUCUCGGAGUGCGGGUCGGGCGCGUGGAGCGAGCAGCCCGCCGCGCCGCCGCCCUCCUACAACCAGCGCAGCGCAGACAAGAUGCGCGCCGACGAGAGUUUAGGUUCAGCGGCAACCAUAUCAGCGGUUCUAUACGCGAACACUAACCAUCCAGAAUGGAAGGCGGAGUUCCCCAACUGGGUGGACAGAUGCAAGCAAAUCCUUAAAAAGUGGCGCGCGUUGCCCUCCGAGCAGAAAGCGCCCUACUUACAACGGGCAAGAGAUAAUCGUAGCGCAAUACGUAUGAAGAAAGCACAACAAGUAAGUCCGCUUUCCGUGUGUAAGAUGUGUGUGCUAACCCAACUCACUUACCACUGUGUUUACAACGUGUGCCUUCACCUACGCUUUUUCACGCGAAAUAUUUGUUGGCAAUACUAAAUUUACACAACUAUUUA